GGAACAGCCAUCAGCCGUCGGGUACAAAAUACCCGACGUACGUGCAUUUAAAACGCUGCACGAACUGUGUGUGAACAAUGCAGCGGGUUUUCAACGCAGUGAUGGCUACCGAAUCUGAGUUUGGACAGAUAGGCAGGGCGUUGCAAGUCGUCCUGCAGCGAACAGAGGCGGCCUGGCAGUCUAGAAACGAGAAUGUGUCCAGAGAAUCACCCAACCUGAGACUAGUGGCUGUUACCAAGACUAAACCAAAGGAGAUGGUCCUAGAAGCCUACAAACAUGGACAGAAAAACUUUGGAGAGAAUUAUGUACAAGAACUAGUGGAGAAAUCUAAUGACGAGGAGCUGUUGAAGGCCUGCAAUGAAAUAAGGUGGCACUUCAUCGGUCAUCUGCAGACCAACAAAGUGAAAAAGGUCCUCGAGUCGCCGAACCUGUACAUGGUGGAAACUGUGGACUCGCUGAAGCUAGCCAACGAGCUGAACAAGACUUGGCAGAAGCUGGCCAAAGGUCGCAGGCUAAAGGUCAUGGUGCAGAUCAACACGAGUGGAGAAGAACAAAAGCACGGCGUUUCACCGUCAGAAUGCUGCGAUCUCUACGACCACGUGAGGCAGAAUUGUAGCGCCCUGGAUGUUGUGGGUAUCAUGACGAUCGGCGCCUUCGAUCACGACCUGAGCAAGGGACCCAAUCCUGAUUUCCAGACCCUCAUCCAGUGCAGGGAAGCAAUCUGCAGUAAGUUUGGCCUGGCCAAGGAGGCCAUUGAGCUCAGCAUGGGAAUGUCCAAUGACUUUGAACAUGCGAUUGAAGUCGGGAGCACCAACAUCCGGGUCGGCAGCACGAUAUUCGGAGCUCGAAACUACAAACCCAAAGUGGAGGUGGCCCAACAAGAUCCCGUGGAGAAGGCAUCGAAAGAGCAGGCGCCCUCCGAGCGGCACGGGGAAAGCAGUCACCAAGAUCACAUCAGCGGUAUGGCCAAUCUUGCCCUAUAACAGUUCAAUGAUAUGUACUGGAUGUGAAAGUGGAAGUUACCUGUCCAGAUGUUGGAGUAGUUUUUUUUUACUGCCGUUACGUUUGUCAGGUGAUAGGUGGCCCCUCCCUUUUUGUAUCGAAGGGCCCAGUUAUAACAUGGGAAAUGGUGGUCGACAUGAUUGGCGGUCAGUUAUAAGGAUGUUGCCUUCCACGACAGUGGAACCUUAUACGUGGACACUAACCCCAACUCCCUAGCAUGAUUUUACUAGUACCCAUCCUGGCAAAUUCCAACACCAUAUUGGAAACCGCGCGCACAUAUUUCUGACUUUGAUUCUGGAGGUGUGCCAAACCAGUGUUAAAGACUGUCAGUUUAGGGGUGCUGUACCCAUCCUGACAGAUUCCAACAAAACAUGCCGCUGGGGUUUGGUGGGUCGAGUUCUGUUAUGGUUAAGGAGCAUACCUGCUGUUGAGAUGAGACACAAACCUCCCAAAUCUUGAAAUCUGUGGUCCGUCUUGAAGUAAUGUAGAAUGCAAUCAUGCUAACUUUGUUCUGAAUGUGCACAAAGCUAUGUAUAGUGUUUUCGCGUAAGCGUCAGGCAUCGUCGGCAAUGCGUUAUAUUAUCUUUUCCAGUGGUCUCACCCAACUCUCUCUUUCUUAACGUUGAGGGGGUACUUGUGCACUGAGCCCAUACACCAAAGAAGUUUGAACUCUUAGGGGAUCCAAAGUUGUGUACGGAGCCCGUAUACCAAAGAGGUUUGAAUUUUUCGGGGAUCCGAAGUUGUAAAAGAAAAUUGGUAAAAAGUUAAUCUGAGCAGUUUACUCUUGUUCAUUUCUCCCAAGCAACUACGCAAUAUCACUGUGCUGUAGCAGAAUGGCUUUAGUUUGAUUUAAAAACCCAACUUUUUAAAAUCACAUUCAAGCUCACCAAACCGUCACAGUCUUUAAUUGUAUAAAGUUUUCUGUUCUGCAUUUUCUGUUAAAGAACUCAUAAAAUACUGACAUUUAAAGAAUUAUAUUGAAUUAAUUAAUAAGCUUGUGGUAAAACUUUAAAAAAUUUAUAUUAUAUUGAAAAAUUUGUACUGUCACCAAAAAUGAAGGUAAUUUGUCCAAUUAAAAUUGGACAAGUUUCAACCGAGAAUGCCCAGGGAGUUUAAGUUACAGUAAAACUGUAGUCCAAAAUUAAAAAAAAAAAAGGCUUGCAUUAAGUAAUAUACCAAAGGUGUUCUGACAAGUCUAUUUUUUUUUUUUUGUGAUUAAAAAGUGUUUUGGAAUUUCUCGUUUAUUAUGAAAUAUGGUAUCCAUACAAUUGAAGCUAUUGUAAAUUGGAAGCAGGCUAUUGAAAAACUAAAACUGUUGCAAUUUCAGCUCAGUAGAUAUACCUUUUAAGAAAACUGUAAAAAUUCUUCCUUUUUUUCGACGCAAAGCAUAGGUUUCGUUUGAAAGUGCGAUGAUUCAAUGAUUUCACAGGAUUGCUUACGAUCAAGUGGGCUAUUUGAAGUAGUUUCAUUUUUGAACGUUUGCAAAUGGUGUCCAAUACCUUGCAAUUUUGAUUCAAAUUAUUAACCCUAACCCCUUGGGUAUAUUUACUAGAAAGUAUCCUGAAUCCGCCAAAAUCCAUAAAUUUUGCCAUGAGAAAAAUAUUUUGGUGGUUCAGCGUUUUUGUGCACAUGUGUAAAUAUGUUUUUGGGUAUCCAUUUGACGCCACGUUUGCGAAAACACGCCCCUGAUUAACUGUGAAUUCUAACCUCAGUAUGGAACAGAUUAUUAUGGGUUGUUGCUUUUAAACAGUACAAAAUGGGACAGUUUUCAUGACUGCUGAUACCUCAAUACCAUGUACCAAAGUCUUGACAACAAACCAAAAAGUAGAAUAAUUGUGAAUU